AUGACGGAUUGUGGAGAGAAACCUCUUCCUCUCGUCGCCUCCCUCCAGCGAGCCUGUCCCCCACGUUCCAGCCCCCGGCGACCUCCCUCCCACGACCUCUCUCCCUCCAGCGCCGUCUCCAGCGCCCGCGGCGACCUCCAGCGGCCUCAGCGUCGCCUCCCUGCCUCCAACGCCGUCUCCAGCGCCGGCCUCCCUCGUCGCCACCCUCCAGCGCCGAUCUCCAGCGCCGCCUCUUCCUCUCGUCGCCUCCCUCCAGCGAGCCCUGUCCCCCACGUUCCAGCCCCCGGCGACCUCCCUCCCACGACCUCCAGCAAGCCCCGUCCCCCCUCCCUCCCGCGGCGACCUCCAACGACCUCAGCGUCGCCUCCCUCCAGCGAGCCCUGUCCCCCCUCCCUCCGACGUUCCAGCCCCCGGCGACCUCCCUCCCACGGCCUCCGGCGCCCGCAGCGAACUCCAGCGGUCUCAGCGUCGCCUCCCUCCCUCCAGCGCCGUCUCCAGCGCCCGCGGCGACCUCCAGCGGCCUCAGCGUCGCCUCCCUGCCUCCAGCGCCGGCCUCCCUCGUCGCCACCCUCCAGCGCCGUCUCCAGAAUUCUAUUUCUCCUCUUGAGAUCCAAACUUUUAUUCUACUGUGCUUUGCGUUGCUCGCGUGAGAUGAUUGCCUCUGAUGAUGGAUCCAGGAGCUUGCUGCUUGCUGUUAAUAGAAGGCUCACUGCACUAUCAUUCCAUAUCAGAGAGUACUUUUGGGUUGACAUGAAGAAGAUCAAUGAGAUUUAUCGCUACAAGACUGAAGAAUACUCCCAAGGUGCUACUAACAAAUUCAACAUCUAUCCGGAGCAAAUUCCUAGUUGGCUAGUUGAUUGGAUUCCUGAAAAAGGUGGCUACUUGAUCGGGAACCUUCAGCCAGCUCACAUGGAUUUCUGGUUCUUCUCACUGGGUAAUCUAUGGGCUAUCACUUCAUCUUUAACCACUCCGAGACAAGCCGAGGAGAUUCUAAACCUGAUGGAGAAAAAAUGGGAGGAUUUCAUCUGGAAUAUACCUCUGAAGAUAUGUUACCCUGCGUUAGAAUAUGAAGAAUGGCACAUAAUUACUGGAAGUGAUCCGAAAAAUGCAUAAGCCUUUCAUAUCAUAAUGGUGGACCAUGGCCUACCCUACUAUGGCAGUUCACAUUGGCUUGCAUCAAGAUGGGCCUGAAUUAGCUCAUAAAGCUGUCUUGGUAGCUGAGAAAAGGCUUUCGAACGAUUAAUGGCCUGAAUACUAUGACACCUGACCGCAAGAUUCAUCAGUAAUCAAUCAUGAUUGUAUUAAACAUUGACAAUUGCUGGGUUUCUGGCAUCAAAGUUGCUACCGGAGAAUCCAAAAAUGGCAUCCAUAUUCACAUUUGAGGAAGAUAUGGAACUACUGGAAGGCUGUGCCUACAGUCUGACAAAUCAUCCUCGUGCCAAAUGCUCACGACGCGUUCCAAAAGCGCAGGUCCUCGUAUAACUUGUUGAAGAUACGCAACCAUUCUUUGAUGCUUGUACUGUAUAUAAGAAAAAGGAAAACCAUAGAUGGAAGAGGGAUCCACCUCCACACAACAUUGUUUCCUCAUUGAGAUAUGCUCUUUUUUUUGUUGAGCUACCAUGAUGGUGACUGUGUAUCAGUGAUGUGUAAAAGAUUUGGCCUUUGUAACAAAAAAUAUGUAUGUUUUGAUGACACAUUGAUUCAUAUAACUUUUUUUUUAUAUUCA